AUCCAAUCAAAACUCGAAUUGGCUUUGGCCUUUGUUUGUUCCCCUAUAAAAUGGCAGUAAGCAUGAACGUUAAUUACAACCACAUUCUCAAACAAACUCUUCUAUCAAUCUUAUAACCACCAAAAAAUAAUGUCAAACCAUCUUCAAGAGCCCUCCUUACACACUUACCCUAAACCGGUUUUAACCAAAGAAGAGCAAAAAGUCGAUGAGAAAAUGGUGAGCUUGCAAGCGGAGUGUAUUGUCAACACCGUGGCUUUCCCUAUGGUUCUCAAAGCCGCCUUGGAGCUUGGUGUCAUCGACACAGUCGCUGCAGCAGGCGAAGGCGCGUGGCUCUCACCGUAUGAGAUAUCCCGUGGUCUCCCAACAAAACCCACCAACCCGGAGGCGCCAGUGUUGCUUGACCGGAUGCUGCGGUUACUCGUCAGCCACUCUAUUUUGAAGUGCCGUAUGGUUGAAGGUAAAGAAAACGGUAUGGAGAGGGUAUAUGCAACCGAACCGGUUUGCAAGUAUUUUUUGAAAGAUAGUGACGGUUCUGGUUCUUUUGUUUCUCUGUUUAUGUUGCUCCAGAGUGAGGUGAUUUUCAAGACUUGGACAAAUCUUAAAGAUAUGAUACUAGAAGGAAGAGGUGCAUUCAGCUCUGCCCACGGCAUGCCAAUUUUUGAAUACAUGAAGUCGGGUGGACAAUUUGCUGAAGUGUUUGAUCGUACCAUGACAGAACAUUCCACCAUGUUUUUGAAGAAGGUUCUAGAAGUUUACAAAGGAUUUGAAGAUGUUAACACUUUGGUAGAUGUUGGAGGAUCAAGUGGAACUACAUUAGGUCUAGUCACUUCCAAGUAUCCUCAUAUCAAGGGUAUUAAUUUUGACUUACCUCAGGUUUUAACCAAUGCUCCAUCUUAUCCAGGAGUGGAGCAUGUCUCUGGAGACAUGUUUAUAGAAGUUCCCAAAGGAGAUGCAAUUUUUAUGAAGUGGAUACUACAUGAUUGGACGGACGAACAUUGUUUAAAGCUUCUUAAAAAUUGUUGGAAGAGUCUACCCAAAAAUGGAAAAAUGAUCAUUGUAGAUUUGAUUACACCAGAAGAACCAAAGAGUGGUGACUUUUCCUCUAACUAUAUGUUUGGUAUGGACAUGCUGGUGCUAGCACUAUACGAUGGUGCUAAAGAAAGAUCAUUUUCACAGUUGGAGAAUUUAGCAUUUGGUUCAGGUUUUCGUCGAUGUGAAGUUGUUUGUGGUGUCCAUUCAUAUUCUGUUAUCGAAUUUCACAAAUAGAUUUGGAAUCUACGAAAACAAGUGACGGGCGAACUGAAUAAAUGAUGCGGAUAUGUGCUUACUUUAAUGAUUUUAUUGCAUGUAAUAUAUAGUUUUAUGGUGUUGGCUUGCUCAGUAUUUUAUUUUCAGUUUCUGGUGUAUGCUAAGUAUUUACGGAGUGUAACGACUCUGAUUGGUUUGAAAGUGUGUUUGUAAUAAUGAACUUGCCAAUAUUGGCUUGGACUUCUU